CGACCCACGACCGCUGGCGCUGGCAAGCAUGGUGUCUCGGGAGAGCAUGUGCGUCGAUGAGCGUACCUUCUUGUAGGUGUUUUUGGCUCGAAAAAGAGAGUUGCACUGUUAUUUUUUCAUUUAAGCAGCUAGCCAGCAUCGAUUCGAAGAAGUUGGGUCACAUUGGACGCAAAAUGCACCCUCGCCGAUUGUAAAACCGCUGGAUUAAAUCAAGCAGCAGUCUCACUCGCGUUCUAGCAGAGCAUCCCACCCGCAAGCAGGUGGCCACUCAUUGGCAAGCAGUUGCCGCACACGGCAAGAUGGCGGCAGUGGCUGCCAAGGAGGCCUCUGAGGAGCUGCGGCCGGCGCCCGCCCCCGCCGCCCCCGUACCCUUGCCCUCGUAUGCCAGGGUUUUGGUGAACAGGGCCGCCUCACCGGUUGAGGUUGAGGCUGCCCCUGUCUCACAACCGCCGCCGCCCACUGAGUCGGUCCCCAAGGAGAACGGCCACGCGGUCCAGCCGCAACAGCACCAUCAUCCCGAGAAACACCAUCCUGAGAAACAUCAUCCCGAGAAAUAUCAUGCGCGACGUAACCACAACAACCGCAACUUUAACAAACAACAUUCCUCCAAUAACAAUAAUAAUAACAAUCCCAACUAUCAUAAAAACAACCAUGCCCCCGCCGAAGAGAAGCCGCCGACACCGCCGCCCCCAGUGGUCAAGUACGUGGAGGCGCCGCUGCCCAAGACUAAUCCUUGGGCCAAAAAGAUCGAGCCGCCUAAAGAGGCUCCAGCCCCGGCCGCCGCACCUACAGCCCCGGCCGCCGCACCUCCAGCGGCAGCCCCUGUUGCAUCGCCUGAUGCAGCCCCAUUGCCACAGCCAACCGCCCCCGUCAAGCUGCCUCCGCCGCCGAAGCAGCAGCAGCAUCAACAGCAACAUCCAGCCACACUAGCUUCUAUCGUUGCUGACAAACGCAGCCUCUUCAAUGUGCCUCUAGAGAACGGCGUGUCGUCGGCGGCGCCGCUGAUCGAGCCUCCGGUCACCACAACGUCCAAGUCGGCAAACAAGAAAUCCCACGCCAGGGACAUGGAUGAUUGGCCGACGCUCGGCGCUGAGGCCAAGAAACAGCAACAGCAGCAGCAACUGGCUGGGGAAGUGACUGAGGCCGCUGCCCUUCCCAACGGUCAUGCGGACCGGGAAGAUAGCCCCGUGGACGACUCGCAUAACAACUCGUCCAAUUCGUCAGAGAACGGCGGCUACCCUAAGCAGAACGCCAAGAAGAACACAGCCAAGUGCAAGUGGCUCCCCCUCAACAUAGAGCAGUCCAAGUUGAGGGGUAAGCGUGACAAGUCACCCAAGCACAGAGACUCAGAGCAUGGAGAUGAUCAAGGUAGAGGCCGUGGCCAGCGUCGGCCGGUGAGUAGCAGGGGCGGCCGUGGUAGAGGCGGCCGCGGAGGUGGACCAGCCAGAAACGGGCCCAGACCAAACGGCCGGGCUGACUACGUUGAAGAAUUUGUGCCCGACUUCACGACUUUCACAAUGGCUCCCACCGCCCCCAUUCCGGCAUUCAUGCUGCCGCAAAACUUCUUUGAUAUGCCGGCUGAUUAUAGAAUGUUGAAACAGAUUGAAUAUUACUUCAGCAAGGAGAACCUGUUAAAGGAUAUUUACAUUCGCCGCAAGAUGAAAGUUGAUGGCUUCUUGCCCAUCUCCUGCAUCUCCUUAUUCCCGCGUGUCGUUAAUAUCCUGUCGGAGCCUGAACUUGUCAAUAAUCCCGGAUUCACCAACAAUAUCGACUUCAUUACUCAGUGCAUCCGCAAGUCACCGUUGCUUGAACUCAGUGAAGACGCACUGAUGGUUCGGCCCAUAUCAGAACCAGAAAUAUGGCCAUUGGAAGACAUUAAAUAUUUGGGGUCCCAGAACCUGAAUCCAGAUGUGCCCGAGUUUGUGCCAAGGGAGAAUGGGCUGGCCCUGUCUGAACCAGAGGUCGCAAUUGAUGAGGUCAUUGAGGCCCCUCCAGCACCUGAGAUCAAACUGCCAAUUUUAACUGCACGCAAAAGCAACAACCUGCCGCCACCGCCCCUGAAUCUUCCACUGUCUGCUCCGUCGAGUAUACAGCCAGCUCCAAUUGUUGCGCAGCCAGAAUCUUGGCAAGAGGUCAAAAGAAAAGCAAAACAGCCUCCUAAAGAAAAAGCUGACGAACGCGAGUCAAGAAAAUCUGAGAGUCUAGAGGAUCUUGACUUUCAGUUCGACGAGGACACUGUUCCUGCUGAACGGGUCAAAAAGUUCACCGACCUAACGGAAGACGACUCGGACGAUUAUGAGUUGAGCGACCACGAGAUCAACAAGCUGCUGAUCGUGACCCAGACGCAGACAACUCCGGCGACACAGACGUCGCUGCCGUCACGGAUACCAAAGCACGACGGCCACGACCGCACCGGCGACUUCCUCACCAGGGUGAAGAUGAGCCAGGAACUGUCGCUCAUCAUCAAUGACGGCCUCAACAGCUACGAGGACGCCCUGUGGGACGAUCCCCACGAAUGGGUGCCAACGGGUAGCUACAAAACUGUAAAUGUGAUCACCCAAGAGACUUUCGACAAAUUCACCCCUCCCAGGCCGACCGUGACUAAUCCUGAUAAGCCGCCCAAGCCGCCUUCUAGCCUCGUUGAAGAAAUAACUCAGGAGGUUAGCGCUGCGGAGCCGGUGCGGACGCGGACGCCGCGGGUGCGGAAAGAGCACCAGCGGCGGCAACCGCACUUCUACCCUGUUGUAAAAGAGGAGACACUGCCCGACCCUUGCACUCCGCGCAAGCGCAAAACCAAACAUAGCAACAACCCACCUGUUGAGCACCAUGUCGGCUGGGUCAUGGAUGUGCGGGAACACCGGCCCAGGACCACAUCCGUCAGUAGCACCGGUACGAGCCCGAACGAAAGCUACCUGUCGACGAGCUAUGGCAGCACGCCGCAGUCGCUGCCCACGUUCCAGCACCCAUCGCACCUGUUGCUCAAGGACAACGGUUUCACGCAGCAGGUGUACCACAAGUACCACGCCAAGUGUCUGAAGGAACGAAAACGACUUGGCAGCGGGCAGUCGCAGGAGAUGAACACGCUCUUCCGUUUUUGGUCCUUCUUCCUCCGCGAGAACUUCAACCGCAAAAUGUACAACGAGUUCCGCACUCUGGCCGUCGAGGACGCCACCUUUGGAUUCAGAUACGGUUUAGAGUGUCUGUUCAGAUUCUACAGCUACGGAUUGGAGUUCAAAUUUAGGCCCGAACUGUACAAACACUUCCAAGAAGAAACUAUCCGCGACUAUGAGAACGGCCAAUUGUACGGCUUAGAGAAGUUCUGGGCGUUCCUCAAAUACUACAAAAAUAGCAGCUCGUUGCAAGUUGACGAGAAACUAAAUGAGUUUUUGUCUAACUUCAAAAGUAUAGAGGCCUUCAGAGUUGUUCAGCCUGAGCAUGACUUAAAAAUGCGCGUGCAAGGCGCUCGCGGCGGAUUCCGGCGGAUGCGUUCCGUUUCAGAGAGUCAGAGCGACGAGCGUGCGAUGGCGCCGCGCAGGCCGAUGCGCGUGCGGCGCCUGUCCGGCAGCGCCGGUGAGGUGCAAGUUGGUGGCGGCGCAAAGAAAAAGCAGGCUGGCUUGGCCAAAUGAGAGGCGCGAAGCAGCGAGUGCGUUCGUUUGUUCCACUGUGUAGAUAAGAGGGUUUGUGUUUCCUAUCGGUAGCUUGGUCCCGAACGAACGCCACCGCGUGCAGUGCAUUGAUUUUACACACUAUGACGACGUCGAUUGUGUCCUUUGAGACGUGUUUUGCUCAAACCGGUCGGUCCUCGAUCAGCCCAUGCCAUACACACGACUCGAGCAUUUUCCCUUCCCGCGAGUGAAAGAAAUAAAGAAGUAAAGGGAAUUCGGACGCGGCGAGUGCGGUUAAUUUUUUUUAUUUACGUGUAUAAUUUUAUCAUUUAAGGUUUUUUGUGCUACUUACGUCGACUGAAUCACAGCGUGUGUCCACCAAGUCAGUCUCUUUCAUCUCAAUCGGCUCAAUUUCCGCAACUAAACCCUAACUCACUCACACCCACACACAUAUUAUCAUAGAUAGUUCAAGUGCCUUUGUUGGUUUUCGCAGUAACUGCAGCAGUGCCACCUUGUGAUAAAGGAAAGGAAAAAAGCGAGCACCUACUAACCGAUUUUGAAUGUUAACAUAGCACUCAUUCGACACGACGAAUGUUAGAGUGUGCAUCUUCCACGGGGUUUGACACUAUUUUGAUCCUUUUCUCUCUAUCUCUCUAUCUGUACUCUUCGUAACUAUGGUACGAAUAGCGUUUGUGCAUACAAUAAGAAUGUCCUUUAUUUUGUUAUGAUGAUAUACAUAUAUUGACGGCGUACACAUACAUAUAUUUGUAGACACGAGAUAAAUAGGCUUAUUCACCCUCUCUCCUCCCCCUUGCAUUCGCAACUACUAGGCUAAUGAAUCGAGCGGAGAAACUGUUGCUCUCGAACUGUGAAGAUUACGCAUUGUAGGUCAGAUUUAAUGUAAAUUAGGAUUCGAUAAUGAUGAAGGAAUUAACCAAUCGGGCCAACUCCGUUCAAACCCAUUGGUGGGGCUUUUUCUCCACUUUUCAUUUGGGCGGAGUCUUGUUUUGUUCACUUCUUUCAAUGUAUAAUUUGAGUUUGUCGACCAGAUCUCUUGCUCUCGGUCAGACACAGGCGAUUUUUAAAUGUUACUCUAUGAUUGCGAUCAAACACAGCUUUUUAAUUUCGAUUUGAGUGUUUUACUGCAUUACGACUUAAAGAGGAUACUGUAAUUGCAAAGUCGUUGAAUAUGAGCUACUGUCAAUACAUCAAUCAUAAGUAAUAAAUAAAAUCCUAUAUCUUACAAUGUACAUAA